AUGGUUGGUCAAGUGGCUUAUGAACUUGAGUUGCCAAAAUAUUUAGCUGUUGUGCACCCAGUAUUUCAUGUAUCCAUACUGAGGAAGUUUAUAGGAGACCCAUCGUUGGUUGUUUCUGCUGAUACUAUAAUGGUUAAAGAUGGAUUUACCUAUGAGAAGAUCCCGAUUGCAAUUCUUGAUCGUCAAGUUUGCAAGUUAAGAACUAAGGAAGUAGCCUCAAUAACGGUCUUAUGGAGGAGUCAAAAAGUUGAAGAGGCUACAUGUGAAGCCGAAGAAGACAUAAAAUCCAGAUAUCCUAACUUGUUUGAAGAGCAAGCAGAUUAA